GCAUCCAUAAUUAUGUUGCUGAUAUUUUUUUUGCACCCCCCUCCAAAAGAUGUCAGCAUCCUACUGUCCUUACUCUGCUGGAGAAAUCCCGUAGUUCAGAGCAGUGGACACGCACCAAAGAUCCCUGUGUUGCCAAAUGCAAAAAAAAUGUCAUGUCCGAAUAACAUAGCGCCCGGUAACUUCCUGAUGGAUUCCUUAAUGGGAGGAUCAUCUUCCUUUAGGGGUGAGGGUUAUUCCAGCAACCCCGGAAUGUACAUCCACCCGGCUGCAGAGUACGGAUACUCAGUGAUGAGGAACAUUGGCAAGACUGGACCAUCUUCACUCUCCAAGAGGGACGAGGGUCCUCCGGCCGGCGUGCCGCUCAGCGGCUUCCAGGACGGGCCCUACCUGUCAGCUCAGCUGGCCGCAUGGACCCCAGCCCCCAAAAGCAGCGGGGACGAGCAACCUGUUGCCCAGUGUUUACAACCCUGCUCGUUUCCAGCGGGUAACGUCAAAGAGGAGGCGUUUUGUUGCCUCUACCAGGAUGACAGCAAUGAGGGGAAGCGGACAACAGACUCGGCCACUUACAUCCGGCUGGGGGACAAUAGCUGCCGGCCUCAGCAAACCGCCGCCUCGGCCCGCGGCUGUUUCCAGGUGUACGGCGGGGGAAGGCCGCCGCAGGAUGACCAGCGGUUCCCCUCCGGCUUCUCCCAGACACACAUGGCGACAUCUGUUGAAUCAGCACCAGAGUCGACGAUAAGCUGCGGCGAAUCGGCGAAGGAGGCUGCGAGGGAAAUAUCACAGGCAGACGAGAGUCAGAGCAGGAAGGAAGACAAGGCAAAGAGUGACAGCUGUUCAGAUAACUCGGACGGGGAAUUAAAAGAUGAUUCGUCCGCGGAGAAGACAACGGGGAGCUGGUUGAAAGCCAAAAGUGGAAGGAAGAAGCGCUGUCCCUACACAAAACACCAGACGCUGGAGCUGGAGAAGGAGUUCUUGUUCAACAUGUAUCUGUCUCGGGAGCGCCGCCUGGAGAUCAGCCGGAGUAUCAACCUGACCGACAGACAGGUCAAGAUCUGGUUCCAGAACAGACGCAUGAAGCUCAAGAAGCUCAACAGGGAGAGUCGCGAACGGGACAAGAGUUCAGUUUACAGCUACUCCUGAGGAGACAGGCACACACACACACACACACACACACACACACACACGCACACACGCACACACUCACACUCACACUCACGUUUGCACAGGCAUGUGUCAUCAAUGAUAAUCCAAUGACAUUGAAUUAUCAUUCAUCAAUUUUCUCUUUAUAUUGUGACACACACACACACACACACACACACACACACACACACACACACACACACACACACACACACCCGUGCCUUCCUGAGUGAAUUAUGAAACUCUGCAGCCUUCAGACCAGACUUGAUCUCCGGGUGAACACCUGCAGCAGCAUCGGGACAGUGAUGUGCUGUUGUUACCUGGUGAUAAUCACACACCACAACAACUCGUGGAAUGCUCUUCAAGCUGUAUCACUGCUAAGCUAUAAUGACACGUUUUGCCAGUCGUGCAGCUUCUUCCCCGGCGCGCACACACACACCGUGCACGAGACGAUAUUAAAGCUAAGUCAUGGCAAACGGUUCCAAAACAAUAAAAAAAAGAAGUGGGGAAACGGAAAGGUAUUACCAACUUUGUCCUCCCCCUGGCCUAUAGUGGUGGAAAUGAGAGGGAGGGAGAGACACUGCGGAUGAGAGGAGCAGAUCAUGGCAGUUUUAAUAGAAGUGAGAGACCAUAACGUUGAUUUAAAUAUUAUCCAGGUGACCACAGUAAGUCAAGGUCAUAAAAUUCUAAUGUCAGGUUCGCCCUGGAAAAGCGUUGGGGGAGGAUUUUAUGAUCUGCAAAUAUAAUGUGCUGCAGCAGUAAAGAUGCGUUUAAAGGUGUGUGUGUGUGUGUGUGUGUGUGUGCGGAGGAGGGCUAAUCCACACAGUGGAGGCUGCAAUGUGCAGGAUCCAGCCGAGCCGCAUGGGCUGCGAGCGGCGGCCGCCUCCGCCCCGGGGAUAAUGGAGCUUCAUGGGAGCAGGAGAUAAGGAAAAGAUGGUGGAUAGCGCGGGGGGACAGCGACCGCGACGGCUGCAUGGACAAUAACAACAACAACAACAACAACAACAACAACAACAAGCAUCGCGGCAAACACGUGGAUAACUAAACAUGCCGGGAAGGCGUCUUCUGCGGGAGGCACGUGAAGACAGUCCAUCGGGUGAACACGAGUGGGGCCGUGGAUUUGUCAUCCCACAGGCACAGAGACGCCGGCUACUCGCAGAAAUGUUGUCUGAAGAAACCUCGCAGCAGCUUCUUCCUGCGCCCCAAGUUGUCGGCGGAUCACUUCGCAGCCCCAGAGCUUGGCCAUUGGACGACGGACACACGUG